AUAGAAAUAGCAAAGAACUGGGCAUUAGCAAAGGUACAGGAGACAGAACGAGCUUCCAGUGUCUUACUUAAAGAUGACCUGUUCCAGGCCUUUCAUGCCGAAAAUCCUGAAAUUUUUCGUGAUACAUUACUUUCUUAUUUUCGGCGAUUAAUGGGAUGUUUAAAUCUGUUAUCCCACACAAAAAGGGGAAAGAUACUUGGCUAUUGUCACUUGUCUUUUAAAAUUAAUGAAACCAGUGAGUUGGUGGUUCAGAAAAAAGAGGGGACAUCAAAAUAUAAAUAUGUGCUUGAUGAUGAAGUACCAAUUGAAAGGAAAAAAGAAAUGACAAAAUUCAAAACAGCAAAUGAAAGGAAAUCUUGCCUGGGUGUUGCUGAUGUACUUGAAUAUGAUGAGUCAAGUGAGAAAGGUUUUAUUGAGCUGAAAACAAAAAUACAAGUGACAGUCAAUAAACUAGUUCCCAAACACGGAGGUAUAGUGUUGAAAAUCCAAACCUUUUAAAGGAAAAUUUUAUUUGUGGAAAACAAUUGUAUAAACGUUUAAAAACGUUUUAAAACCCGAGGUGCCCCUGCUAGAGGCAUCGGGCCACCCCCAGUAUAGCAGGAACAACUGCAAACCAGCAUUGUUUCGAGGGUAACUUUGCCUAAAUCACAUUUAGCCACAUUAAUAUAAGAGUUGUUAUUGUUAUCAUUACUAUUAUUCCUUUCAUUUAUAUUAAUUAAUUUAAUUCCUGGCUGGGAAAUAAAUUUCAUCAGCUGGCUGGGUUCCAACCAAUUUUAUCUAGCUGGCUGGGAAAUUUCUUGUGUGUCUUGCUGGGAAAAAGGAACAGAUAAUAUUUUACCAGCAACACUGAAAAACACUUGAAGAUGCCUUAAUAACAUUUAUUUUCAUUAAUGGGGGUAUAAUAAGACAUUUUACAACAAAUUGGUCGUUGGGUGCCCCUGUCUAGGUUUCUUAAAAAAUUAUUUUAUUACCCAGAACUGAUUUCAAGAGGAUUUUGAGCUCUCAGUGGUCCAUUCGAAUUUACAAGAUGCUCACAGUUUUCCUGGUCACACUUUAAAAUUCAAUUCAUUUUAAUAUUCUAUUUUGUAUGUUUUGUUUGGAGAUUCCCGUCAUUGCUGCCCCUUGACUCGGCAGUGGAGUUAG